AGUAUAAGACCUUCAGCACCUUUAACAGUAUCGACACAGAUGUGUUGCUUGCAGAACUGGGAUACUUACACAGGCAUUCGAUAAGCAAAGGCCGAGCUAUGAUAGCCACUGGCGGAGUGAUCACUGGCCUGGCGGCCCUGAAAAGACAAGACUCUGCCCGAUCCCAGCACCAGGUCAACCUCAGCCCCUCACCUGCCACCGAGGAGAAGAAACCCAUCAGGAGGCGGCCCCGGGCUGAUGUGGUGAUCGUUCGUGGCAAGAUCCGGCUUUAUUCUCCAUCUGGUUUCUUCCUCAUUUUAGGAGUGCUUAUCUCCAUCAUAGGGAUAGCAAUGGCCGUCCUUGGGUACUGGCCGCAGAAAGAACAUUUCAUCGAUGCUGAAACAACGCUGUCAACCAAUGAAACUCAGGUCAUCCGGAACCAGGGCGGAGUGGUGGUUCGCUUCUUUGAGCAGCAUUUGCAUUCUGAUAAGAUGAAAAUGCUCGGCCCUUUCACCAUGGGGAUUGGCAUUUUCAUUUUUAUCUGUGCGAAUGCCAUUCUGCAUGAAAACCGCGACAAGGAAACCAAAAUCAUACACAUGAGGGACAUCUAUUCCACAGUCAUUGAUAUCCACACGCUGAGGAUCAAGGAGCAGAAGCAUCUGAAUGGCGUGUACUCUGGCUUGAUGGGGGAACCGGAAGUGAAGCAGAACGGGAGCUCCUGCGCUUCCAGACUGGCAGCAAACACAGUCACCCCUUUCUCGGGUUUGCGGGGCAGCUUUCGGAUGGACAGCUCUGUGGAAGAGGAUGAACUCAUGCUCAGCGAAAGUAAGAGUUUGGGCCAUCUCAUGCCCCCUCUGCUCUCUGACAGCUCUGUCUCUGUCUUUGGCCUUUAUCCAACUCCUUCCAAGACAGCUGACGAUAAGACCAGUGGCUCUAAGAAAUGCGAAACCAAGUCAAUUGUGUCAUCCUCUAUCAGUGCUUUUACACUGCCUGUCAUCAAACUCAAUAACUGUGUCAUUGAUGAGCCCAGUAUAGAUAACAUCACCGAGGAUGCUGAUAACCCCAAGGGCAGGUCGAGGAAUUUGUCAAUGGAUUCCCUUGUGGUUCCUCAGCCCAACAUGGGUGAAUCCUUUCAGCCUGUCAGCAUGGGGCUCCCAAGGAAUAAUUCCAUUGGGGAGUCGCUGUCCAGUCAGUACAAGUCCUCUGUGGCCCUUGGACCUCGGGCUGGACAGCUCUUGUCACCUGGGGCUGCUAGAAGACAGUUUGGGUCCAACACUUCCUUGCAUUUGCUCUCCUCACACUCCAAAUCCCUAGACUUAGACCGGUCCUCCACUCUAACCGUUCAGGCUGAACAACGAAAACAUCCCAGCUGGCCUCGGCUGGACCGGAGCAACAGCAAGGGAUACAUGAAACUGGAGAACAAAGAGGACCCAAUGGAUAGGCUGCUUGUGCCCCAAGCAGCAAUCAAAAAAGACUUUACCCAUAAGGAGAAGCUUCUUAUGAUUUCGAGAUCGCAUAAUAACUUGAGUUUUGAACAUGAUGAGUUUUUGAGUAACAAUCUAAAGCGAGGAACUUCUGAAACAAGGUUUUAAUGUUUAGAAAAUAUCGUUUUCCAAGGGUAUACAUUUUAAAACUAUUUUCACCAGAGCUUCCUUCUUAAACCAUUGGUUGUAACCUUUCUAACACAAAUGUUUUCUGGUGUACUAGAGCUGGCUGCUUUGUUCUGUAAUGAAGAUGGUUGUAUGUUUAGGAUGUGGUUUUAUUUUUCCACCUUUGGAAAGCAUGAUCUCUUUUUUUGAUAUGAAUACAAAACUGUUUGCAUUGCAGUUAAAACUUUGCUUUACUUUUAAGUUCUCCUGUUCAUUGUCAUAGUGAGAGAAAGAUUCAGUAGGGAAAACACAGAGUAUCACAGUGUAGACUAGAUGUACCAAAUUCAGGCCCAGUACUCAAUAUAUAUUUAUAAAUGAGUAUUAAAGCAAUUCUUUUUCUAUUUUAAAGAGAAUAAAAAAAUAACAGAAAUGU